ACCCCCCCGCGCCAGUGUGCCGUCAGCAGUCACCAUCACCACCACACCCACCCAUCACUCGAGUUGCAACAGUAGCAGCAGUAGUGGGGUGAGCACCGGGGGCAGCAGUGUGGGCAGCAGGAGUGGUAGCAUGGGUUGUGGUGCCGUACCUCAGAUCAGCAUUACUCCUGACGAGGCACAAGUCCGUGGCCGGGCUCUCUCAAGACUCAACGGCUCUAGACUUGACCUGAGCAGCAUGGAUGGUGACCUCUCGCCUAGUGACCCAGAGGACAAGACCUGUAUCUUCUGUGGGGCAUUUGACAAGACCUUUACAGACAGUGGGCUGGAUUUUACUGGAAGACUUGUCCCAUGUUAA